GUACUAAAGGGAUAUUCGGUAUAGGACUUUCCGAUGGUAUCGAAUAUGCAAGUGUACCGAUAUGUAUGGCUGGCGCAGACGGUCAGCAAUAUGUAUAUGGGUAUAUACCUACAAUAGUUGCAAAAUGUGGAAUGUAUCUAAAAGAAAAAGCAACAACGACGGAAGGUAUAUUUCGUUUAAGUGGAUCUGCGAAAAGAAUAAAAGAAUUGCAAGGGGUUUUCGAUUCUCCACCUUUAUACGGAAAGUCAUUAACUUGGAUGGGUUAUUCCGUACAUGAUGCCGCAAAUAUACUGCGAAGAUAUUUAAAUCAUUUACCGGAUCCAGUCAUUCCACAGCAAUGGUAUGAUCAAUUUCGGUCGGUUCAUGCUAACAAUACCGAUCCACAAGAAAGGGUAAAAAAAUAUCAGAAAUUGAUUUCAAUGCUACCAAAAGAAAAUCAACAUUUACUUCUCUAUAUUCUUGAUCUUCUCGCGGUUUUCUCAUCGAAAUCAGGACAAAAUUUGAUGCCAUCAAAAAAUUUGGCAUCAAUUUUUCAGCCGGGUAUUCUUUCACACCCUUCUCACGAUAUGGCCCCUGAACAAUAUAAGUUAUCUCAAGAGGUUUUGGAAUUCCUAAUUGAUUAUCAAAAUUACUUCUUGAUGUCUUUACCAAGUUCUACAUCAAAUGAUGUAACGGAAGAGAAGACGACGACUUUAAAUAAUAAUAAGUCUCAAGAAGGAAAAGAAUUAUCGAAAGAUACAGAAGGGUACUAUCGUGGGAUCGAUAGAGAAAGUUGUUCAAUAUCUCUACAAGAGCCUCAUGACCUAAACAAUCUACCUGUACCACAAUUAUCUCUACGACGAUCAAGUUUAAGUCUUGAACAUCGAAAUAAAUCGGCAGAUUCCAUAACGAUGAUACCGGGAGUUAUUAAUGAACAAGAUACGAACGAAGAUCUACAAUUAACGAAACGGGUUCAGGGACAAGAUCCUUUAACUCGUAAAAUUACCACGGAUGGUCUAACGAGAAGGAGGACAUUGCCAAGUAAAAAAUCGAAAUAUGGAGUUACAAGGGAAAGGGCAACAUCAACGAUUGGCAGUUCGAACGGUAAUGAUAUUUUCCGUUCAUAG